UGCAGACCCACCCACUUUACUCUAUUUGACGCUCACCAAGACGCUCGCGGUUUCUCCGACGGACUAAGAGCUGAGAGAUACUUCGAUCGCAACAGCAAUGUCUGAGCUGGACAGAAGGCCCGCAGGGAGCCGUUCCUCCUCCUCAUCGUCUGCCGACUCCGACUCCUCCUCCAACGGCGCCGCGCCGCCGCAACCCGUUCUCGGUGGGCGUGGCCUCGAGCUGACUCGACCGGAAACGGAGAGCUCAUCAAGCUCGGAGGAAGAAGAGGAGGAAGAGAAAGAGUGUCCUUCGGUGAAACUCCCUCGUGUUGACGGAGGAAGAGAGAUGGUGUGGUCACACAACACUGACUCUGAGAGGGAGCAGCUGUCGUCAGAGGAGGAGAGAGGAGGAGGAGGGGUGACGGGGGGUGGAGGGAGAAAAAAGAAAGGGAGUGCCUCUCCAUCUACCAUCCCGCCCUCCAAGUACAGCAAAAUCUCAUGGAGAAUGAUGGAGUCAAUGGGAUACAAGCCGGGCCAGGCCCUAGGGAGGUCUGGGGUGGGGAUCACGGAGCCCAUCGCAGAGUCGGCUCAGCUGGGGAGGCGGGGUCUAGGGUUCACAGCCGGUGGUCUGGAGAGAGAGGACGUCAAGUGGGAGGAUGAAGAGGUGAACAUUCACCAGAAGGUUGAGUGGCUGGAUUGUUCCAGUCUGCCACUCCCUGAGGGAAAUGAAUUGCAUUCGUGGAUGGUGGAGGGAGAGAGGAAAGACAGUGUUUCCGGAGAGACUCACUUUACUGACCCGCACAUUCUGGACAACAUCCUUAAAAACAAGAGUAUGUUUGACAGUCUGUCUCAGAAGGAGUUUCUGAGCGCCCGCCAGAGGUCUAACCCUUACGAGACCAUCCGUGGAGCCUUCUUCCAGAACAGAGCCGCAAUGAAAAUGGCAAACAUUGACGCAGUCACUGGGUUCAUGUUUACCAACCCUAGGAAGAACGAUGGGGCUCCACUUGGUCCCCUGGAUAUUCUGUAUUUCGCUGACAUCUGCGCUGGACCAGGCGGCUUCUCGGAGUAUGUCCUCUGGAGGAGAAAGUGGCACGCAAAAGGCUUUGGAUUCACUCUCAAAGACCCCAACUCAGGUUCAGAUUUCAAACUUGACUCGUUUAACUCUCCCUGCGAGACCUUUGACCCCCACUACGGAGUGGGUGGUUACGAAGGCGACGGUGACAUCACAAACCCAGCCAACCAAUCAGAAUUUAGGGAUUACGUCAUGGAGAAUACGGAAGGACAAGGGGUUCAUUUUGUCAUGGCUGAUGGAGGAAUAUCGGUGGAGGGUCAGGAGAAUAUACAGGAGCUGUUACUGAAGCAGCUGGUGUUGUGUCAGUACACCACGGUCCUCGCUACGCUACGGCCUGGUGGCUGCUGUACGGUGAAGAUAUUUGACAUGUUUACUGAGUUCAGCGUUGGACUGUUUUACCUCCUCUACCGCUGUUUUCGCCGCGUUGCUCUAUUUAAACCCGUCACCAGCCGACCUGCUAAUUCUGAGAGAUAUGUGAUAUGCCAGGGGUUGAGGGAAGGAGCCGACAGUGUGGCUAACUACAUGUACGUCGUCAACGAAGAGCUGUGCAGACUCUCCGGGACCCCCAGAGACAUAAUUGAGAUAGUUCCACUGUCCCUGAUGAAGAGGGAUGAUGUAUUCUCAACAUACAUGAGGGCCUUCAAUGACAGUUUUGGUUUUCAUCAAGUAACCCACUUGAAGAAAAUCCAAUAUUUUGUCAAGAACAGCACCCUAGAAGACAUCAGACAGGCAGACAUUAGGAAGAGCUGUCUCAAACUAUGGCAGGUUCCUGAUAACCCUCGUACCACCAACACUGGCCUUGAGAAACCAGACCAAGUCUUCACUGAGCACUGGCUGAGUUUGUAUGGCUCCAGAGCGGAGCCAGAGACCAAGGCCAAGAUGGAGGCGGACCUGCCAAGACUCAAGUCAGAGAGUUUCACUGCCGUCACCAGAGACGCUCUGGACUUCCUGAGAUGUCUCCACUCGUGGAGGUGGUCCUGGGCCUCCGGGAAGAGGAUGAUGGUGGUCGGUCUCGGGAGGAACAGGGUGUCGGGGUGGGACAUGAAGGGGGACAAACUGGUGUUCACCCACAGGUCGGAGAUGGCUCAGCUGGAACUGCCUCCAGGGACAGUACUGGAGGUGGAGUUGGCUCAGGAGCUAGAGGGAGAGGGUCCUGGUCAGAGGAAACACAGAGUCAUAUACAUCCUGGAUGUCUUGGCUAUUAACAAAGAGUUCUAUGGCUGGAGGCCACUCAAAGAGCGGUAUAUACUUACAUAAUGUGGUGUGUACUCCCAGAGUUGGUUUGUCAAAUCCCUGGAAUUAUUUCCGCUGGACAGGAUGCAGUACGCCCGAAAGCUGGCAAAGGUACUCAGCAAACCAUGCAGAAGAUCUCCACUGAUCCUGAAGGCCAAGAUCCAUCAUCGAGUGACUGAUCUCUGCUCUCAGGAUACCUACCCAAAACUGGAGAUGAAGCUAUGCAAGGGGCCGUCAUGGAAACUGCCGACAGUCCCGGUCUCAGACUGUCCGUCGAGAUUCCUGGCUCCCGUCGGAGUCAUGUUCUUCAAGAUCAUCAGAGAUCCCUGGCAGCUGCAUAGUGGCAGGAAAGGACUUUACUUCUACGACGCAGCCACUAAAGCCAGUCGGUACGAUUGUCCGCCCUCUUCAGUCGCCUCAUUCCUGGACGUGUUGAAGUCGCGACACUUGUGGAUGUGGGAGAGGGGGAUUUUUGAGGGACUCUGUGAGGUUGGGGAGGAGGGGGAGGAGUCAGGACUCACACGAAGAACACUAUCUGCAACUCUCAGUCACUUCAUGACACAACACCAGUGACACCUCUUUCACCAACCUCCUUCACUUUCAUGCUUCAUGUUUUUUGUAAUACACUGUGGUGAAAAUGCUGUGCCCGCCGCCGUGGAUACUGCGCAUGCGUAGCCGUACCGGCGCGUAAUGCGCAUGCGUAUUCUCACCUUACGCGGUUUUGUAUCCGAUUGGAGCGCACCAACAUCUCUCCAAGCAGCAAUGGAGAAUUCAUCUCUCUCUGCGGGCGACGAAAGCCUCAACGUCUCUGAAACCGUCUCCGAGGAGAGGUUCUGCUCUGGGGAAGAGCAUGUCUCCAGCUGUGUCAGCUACAUCGACCAGGAGCUGCGGAUGCUGGGUCUGCCGUCUGUAGUGAGGAGAGGUUCCACGGAACUCAACCUUCCAGCGCUGCUCAACACAGUCUAUAGGCUUCUGCAGUUGCAUCACUCAGACCAGCUGACCGUGGAGGAACUGAGGACUAGUUUACAACGAGGAAGGAGCGAUGUUCUCAUGAAGACGGAAAUAGCAGACAGACUAAAGGAUGACCUGCGGAGUGCAGACAAGGAGUUGGCUGGGAGUCAAGAAAAGGAGAGACAGCUCAACAUGAAGAUUAAGACUCUAUCUGGCAAACUGAGGGCAGAACAAGAUGAGGUAAUGAUUGGUGUAUACUCAGCGUGAUUGAGGUAAUACUGAGUGCGGGAAUAUAUAGGCAGAUAGAAAUAGGGACAGCAAGAUAGAAGAUGUAGAUGAAAUUAUGCAAUCUUAUUAAACCUGAGGAAUAUUAGGGCCACCCCAUUUCUACGGUGACCCCUAGAGGCUCCAGCUAUUGUCAAGGUAGUCAGGAUAUUUUGUUGGACUGUCCUUCCCCCCACAUAUACUCACUGAAAGUAUGAGAAAUUAAGGCGCCCAUUAUUACGUUGUUGUGGUAUGUUCGGAGACUAAAGACCAGCAUGCAGUACAAGGAGACACAGUACAGCCACGAGAUGAGGAAGAGAGAGAAAGAAUACUCGCGUCUCAAAGUCACACUCGGCCAGAUGGUGUCGGACAGAAGUAGACAGCGGCAGCUGGGUCUCAGUGUACUCAAUGCCCUCCAGCGAGCAGGCGGGAAGAGACGGCUUUGGAACCAGCCCGGGAGCUGUGUGGAGGAGACUUACAGAGCCAUCAUCACCAGUUACGAGGAACGACAGAAGGCAAUAUUGGUGGAGAAUGGAAGUCUUCGUGAGAGUCUGUCAGUGAUGCAGAGGGAGUUGGUUUCUCUGCUGAAUGAGCAGCAGCGGGCACAGCAGCCGAAGAAGCCAGUGUCAGAGGAGGGGGAGGAGUUUGGGGGCCUCAGCAGCGGUCAUUUCCAGAUGCCGUAUGACAUUGUGAGAGACGGGGUUGAGAGAACGUUUAGAGACCAUCUACAGACACUGAGGGAACAACUGCAGACUGCCACACAACAACAACAACAACAACAACAACAAGCAGAGGAGAAGGAGGAAGAGGUAGUGGGAGAAGAAGGUUUGGAUGUGGCAACUCUCCAGAGCAAACUCUCCGACUACAGAGACAUCAUCGGCCGACAGGAACUGAUGCUUCAGAAUGCAGAAACCGCAACAAGCGACAGUGAAAACAAGAGUUUGAGCGAGAGCUGGGUGUGGAGGGAGAGAGAGAGGAUGGAAGGAGACAAGACAGAGCUGGAACAGCUGAGGGACCAGCUAGAGAGGGACAGACAUCUCCUCAUUGAAGCCGCCAAGAAGCUCGACAGAGAGAGGCAGACGUUUGAGGACGACAAGGUUGCGUUCUUGAAGGAGCAGUUCCUGGACAGUUCUGUCUUUAACAACACCACUGAAUUGGACUCAUUCUAUGGCCGACUGUCCUCCACCCCAGCAGCUGCAACCUCGUCAGGCUCCGCCCAAGGCACCACCUCCUCAGGAUCCACCCACAUCUCCGCCCAAGUCAACCUCCGACAUGAUCUCUCGCUGUGUUCAGAUGAUGGGUCACCUGAUGUUCUGAAUGACAGCAGACCUGAGAUUGCAACUGAUGGAGCCACAUAACAGACUGCAGUGACUACAAGCACCGAACAUGAUCAAUCAUCAAAUUGUAUAGAACAGUGUUUUAUUUCUGUACAUCAUUAUCAGACAAUAGCUGGUCUAGUGUGGGUAAAACUAAAUAUCAUGUACAUAAUCUCAAUUUUUA